AUGGUGCAGGACCAAAUCACAGAGUCUGCGAAAACGUUAUCAUCAUUAGCAGCAGACGAUACUGUACUAGUGGAUUCUUCGUCUCAAAUAGAUAUGUCAUCACCCAUAAGAGCGUCGUCUCACAACAACGCCUUUCCAAAUCAACUGCAUAAGGUACUAGCUAAUGAGUUUCAAAACAUGCCUGAAUCUGACAACGGUAAUAACGAUGAGUACGAUGGUUCAUUUCAAGACUUCAAUCAGAGUCUGCUACUAUAUCAGCUAGCGCGACUUGAAAGUGCUUCAAUUCCGUCUUAUCCUCCACCAGCUCAUACACAUGGACUUCCAAAUCCGCAAUCCACUGGCAUUCUAUUGCCGCUGCCGCAAUACUAUCAGUACGGUUUUGGUCCAGAAACACCUCAAUUCAAUUUGAAUGAACAACAAUUAUACGAAGCACAACACCAGCAGCAGCAGCAGCAGCAGCAACAACAACAACAACAACAACUACAAGCAAACCCCGAUCAAAAUCGGAGACUACCCUAUCGAGACACAAGCACAUCAAUACUUGGGCAAUCACACUUGAGAGUGCUAGCGGCAGACGGAUCCUUGCCACAACAAGACUCACCGACGUCAGUAGACAAUUUGGAAAGAGACAACAGCAUCCCAAACACUACUGUUCAGGCCAGUUUCUUCCAAGAUAAUGAUACUUCGGAAAGUUUGUUCGAAGAUGACACGAGUCAUCAUGUACCACCUUCUGCAAACGAUUCAUCGAUUAUGUUUCUGAAUAUCCUUGAUCCUAAUCAAUCAAGCGAUGCUGUAAAUGUUGCUGGCGAGUUUAAUUUUUACAAUGAUCACAACGUCUUGAGCGCAUCUACAGAUUCACUUCCCAAUUAUAAUAAUGCGCCUGUUCGUUGGCAUCUGUUUCAACACCCAAGUGUAAAUAGAGACUUGACAAAUUCACAAUAUUUUGACGUAGUGUCAUCUGCACAGCGUCGUUUCCAAAGUGUCAACUGCCCACCUAUUACACAAGGAAGUCAGUCAUUGGCUGAACAGUCACUCAUCACGUCCCAAAAUCUACUGUCGUUGUCUACUCAAGAUACUAAAGUUGACCCUUCAGCCACUCCAACAUUUUCCGAUAUUUCGAGCUUCAUAUCGACUGCAUCUGGACAGCAACCUAUAAGCACUGGUGAUUCCGCCAUGGGUGUAGUUGACCCAAACUUUUCAAGUGAUUCAAUCCAUGCUGGUGUCAAUAUGAACACGCCAAUGCGCGCUUUACAUAGUCCUUUAGCAAGUGCUAUGAUCAACUCAGCUUCAAGUCACAACAGAAUCAGCAAAAAACCAUCAUUUUACAAAUUGAAAACUCCAUCCAAAUUGAGCACAAGCAAGAUGACAAGUGCAAUUGCAUCAUUGUCAGCUAAUACACCAAACACCCCCUUGACAUCCACUUCAGGUUCAAAUUUCGCAUAUGACUUAUCAAAAGCAAGCAUCGCCGCUGCUCCACAAAAGAAUCAACCACAUUUACAAGAAAGUGCUCCACUUGCAGAACAAAAGGUCCCGUACCUUGCAACACAAAUUCAACCACAAGCUCAACAACAAUUGCACUUGUUGAGGACUUAUUCAAACGUGUCGCCAAGUAUGGCCGUUAACUCAACUGGCCGUGCGAGCGUUUUGGCAACUCCAACAAGUGCAACCAGUAAUCGGCCAAAAAGUGCCAACGUGUUUCGCCAUGAUUCUCGGCCGGCAAAUUCCCCCGCCUCAAUGGACAUGGUAUCUGCUGCCGCUUCACCUUUACUGCCUGAUUUAUUACAACGACAAGAGCUUUGGAAGAAGAACUACAGUUUAAACCAUGCAAGAGAGCUUCGCCAGUCUUCAGUAGCCAAGAAAAGUUUGCGAAAGACAAAGAGUUUAAAAAAUGUCCAUGCAUCAAGAACAGGAGCUGCAUUUGAAAUUCUAGAUCCAAUAGCAAGGCCAAUGGAGACGAGCGAGCGAGGAGGAGAGCAUCAGCUGAGACUGAUUGGCCCAUUUACGGAUACACACUCCGAUAACACUGGCAGAGACAUUCUUUCUCAUACCAACGACAUCAACGAAUUUGAUAAACUGUCUGUUGGUAGGGAGAAGAUACAGUUGUCUCAACGCAAAUCAGGUAAAAUCAGAAAGACAAAAUCGACACCAUUGUUGCCUCAGGCCGACACCAGGACUCCUCCCCCUUCUCGUGACCUCUCCAACAACGAAGAGCAACCAAUGGCCAAGAAAAAAUACACAAGAAGAAGGCUACUACCUCGGUCGAAGAAGGGCUGUUGGAUAUGUCGCAUCAAGCAUUUGAAAUGCGACGAGAUCCAGCCUUCGUGUGGAGCAUGCCUACGAUUUGGCUUGACUUGUGAUUACAGUCCAACCAAGCCGGACUAUGUGACUAAUAAGGAGUUGAGACAACAAAAAUUAAGUGAAAUGAGUGAGACUAGGAAGCAGAAUCAAGCGUUGGAGAAAAAAACACACAAGGACGAGAAGAGAUAG